GCGCCUGGGGGCUGAGGAGCGGCGGCGGGGGGCGUCCGGGCGAAGGACCGGCGGCCGCCGAGGAACGGCCUGUGGCGCCAUGGGGAAGAAGCAGAAGAACAAGAGCGACGACAGCACCAAGGAUGAUAUCGAUCUCGACGCGCUGGCCGCGGAAAUCGAGGGCGCGGGGGCCUCCAAGGAGCAGGAACCUCCCAAGUCAAAAGGCAAAAAAAGGAAGGAGAAGAAGAAGCAAGAUUUCGAUGAGGACGAUAUCCUGAAGGAGCUGGAAGAAUUGUCUUUAGAGGCACAAGGCGGCAAAAUUGACAACAAAGCUUCAGUCAAGGCGACAGAGAAUGAGGAAGAGGAAUUUAGCAUCUCAAAGCCAGACAAAAGGAAAAAAACCCAAAAGGGCAAAAAAUCUAGUUUUGACGAUGACGAUAGUGAGGAAAUGGAGAAUAAAGAUGCGAAAUCAAAAAAGGCACAGGCGCCAAAAACGGAAGAGCCCUCUGGAAGCGAAGAUGAUGCCGUGGAAAAAUUCUCCAAGAAAGGUAAAGGAAAAACACAAAAGUCAAAUAAAAAAGUGGAUGCUUCCGAAGAGGACGAAGAUAACAAUAAGAAGGGUAAAGGGCGCAUCCGAGCAGAUUCUUCAAGUGGAAGCGGGGAUGAAUCCGACUUCUCCCAGAGCAGAAGAGGGCAAAAGAAAAACCAGAAAGCAAAGGCAGCCGCUAGCCUCGAUAGUGGGAAAGAGGAAGACGACACCUCGUUCAAAAUAAAAACCGUCGCACAAAAGAAGGCAGAAAAGAAAGAGCGUGAGAGAAAAAAGCGAGAUGAAGAAAAGGCAAAAUUGCGAAAACAGAAAGAAAAAGAAGAAUUAGAAGCCGGUAAAAAGGAGGAGAACAAAAAGAAGGAUUCACAAAAGAGAUCAGAGGAAGAAGGGUCAAAAUCCAAAAUGACUCUCGAAGAGAAGGCGGAGGGUCCCGCAGCCUUGGAAGCCGAUGACAACGAGGGAGACAAAAAGAAGAAAGAUAAGAAAAAAAAGAAAGGAGAAAAGGAGGAAAAAGAAAAAGAGAAGAAAAAGGGUCCCAGCAAAGCAACCGUAAAAGCUAUGCAAGAAGCUCUGGCUAAGCUGAAAGAAGAGGAGGAGAGACAGAAACGAGAGGAGGAGGAACGCUUAAAAAGACUCGAAGAGUUGGAGGCCAAGCGGAAAGAGGAGGAACGCCUGGAACAAGAAAAAAGAGAAAGGAAAAAGCAGAAAGAAAAAGAACGAAAAGAACGCUUGAAAAAGGAGGGGAAACUCUUAACUAAAUCCCAGAAAGAAGCCAGAGCCAGAGCCGAGGCUACCCUAAAACUCCUCCAAGCUCAGGGUGUUGAAGUGCCAUCCAAAGAUUCUAUGCCAAAGAAGAGGCCUAUAUAUGAAGACAAAAAGAAGAAAAAGCCGCAGCAACAGCAAGAAAAUAAAGAAGUCUCGGAACAGAUAGAAAUGAGCGCCCCAGUGGAGGUGAUUGUUGAACCCGCUGUAACGGAUCAAGAAGAGACCACGCCACCUGUUGAACCAGGAGAGGAAGAGGAAGAAGAGACGGGUUUGGAUGAUUGGGAAGCCAUGGCCAGUGAUGAGGAAAGAGAGAAAGAGAGAAAAACCAUCCACAUCGAAGUGAAAGAAAGUCCGGUGGAGGAGGACGAGGGGGAGGACGAGGAGGACGAAGAGGAGGAAGACAGCGAUGAGGAUGACGAUGAAGGAGAAAGCGGAGGCAGCGAAGAUGAAGAUGAGAAAGAUGCCGGCAAACCCACGAUAGAAACGAAGCCGAGUAAGGAAGCGAGCUCGGAGUCGGAAUCGGAUUCUGACGACGAUCGCACCAAAGAAGAGCGAGCUUAUGACAAGGCUAAACGGAGAAUCGAGAAAAGAAGAAUCGAAAACAGCAAAAACGUAAAUACGGAAAAGCUAAGAGCCCCCGUGAUCUGUGUGCUCGGACACGUCGAUACGGGAAAGACCAAGAUUUUAGAUAAGCUCCGUCACACUCACGUUCAAGACGGCGAAGCGGGAGGGAUCACUCAGCAGAUCGGAGCCACUAACGUUCCCCUCGAAGCCAUCAACGAGCAGACCAAGAUGGUGAAGACGUUUGACAGAGAAAACAUAAAGAUCCCAGGGAUGCUGAUUAUUGAUACUCCAGGCCAUGAGUCUUUCAGUAAUCUAAGAAACAGAGGAAGCUCGCUUUGUGAUAUUGCUAUUUUAGUGGUGGAUAUUAUGCACGGUUUGGAGCCUCAGACAAUUGAAUCUAUAAACCUGCUGAAAUCUAAAAAGUGUCCGUUUAUUGUAGCCCUUAAUAAGAUUGAUAGGUUGUAUGACUGGAAAAAGAGCCCCGACUCAGAUGUGGCUGCUACUUUAAAGAAGCAGAAAAAGAACACGAAAGAUGAGUUUGAGGAACGUGCAAAAGCUAUCAUUGUGGAAUUUGCACAGCAGGGUCUGAACGCCGCCUUGUUCUACGAGAAUAAAGACCCUCGCACUUUCGUAUCUCUGGUACCUACCUCGGCCCACACCGGAGACGGCAUGGGAAGCCUGAUCGUCCUUCUCGUCGAGUUGACUCAGACGAUGCUGAGCAAAAGACUGGCUCACUGUGAAGAGCUGCGAGCUCAGGUCAUGGAGGUCAAAGCGCUUCCCGGGAUGGGCACCACCAUAGACGUCAUCUUGAUCAACGGCCGCCUGAAGGAAGGAGACACCAUCAUCGUUCCCGGAGUGGAGGGGCCCAUUGUCACCCAGAUCAGGGGGCUUCUCUUGCCUCCCCCGAUGAAGGAAUUACGAGUGAAGAACCAGUACGAGAAGCAUAAAGAAGUCGAAGCAGCCCAGGGGGUCAAGAUCCUCGGGAAAGACUUGGAGAAGACCUUGGCUGGCCUGCCUCUCUUGGUGGCACAUAGAGAAGACGAAGUUCCCGUUCUCAAGGAUGAGUUGAUCCACGAGUUGAAGCAAACACUGAAUGCUAUCAAGUUGGAAGAAAAAGGAGUUUAUGUCCAAGCUUCUACACUGGGCUCUUUGGAGGCUUUACUUGAAUUUUUGAAAACGUCAGAAGUGCCAUAUGCUGGAAUUAACAUAGGUCCAGUUCAUAAAAAAGAUGUUAUGAAGGCCUCAGUCAUGUUGGAACACGAUCCUCAGUACGCCGUCAUCCUGGCAUUCGACGUGAGGAUCGAACGGGACGCUCAGGAGAUGGCCGACAGCUUAGGAGUACGAAUUUUUAGCGCGGAAAUCAUCUACCACCUAUUCGAUGCCUUUACGAAAUACCGACAAGACUACAAGAAGCAGAAACAAGAAGAAUUCAAGCACAUAGCCGUAUUUCCCUGCAAGAUGAAAAUCCUCCCCCAGUUCAUUUUCAACUCUCGAGACCCGAUCGUGAUGGGUGUGAUCGUGGAAGCGGGCCAGGUGAAGCAAGGCACCCCAAUGUGUGUGCCCACAAAAAAUUUCGUGGAGAUCGGAAUCGUGACCAGUAUCGAGAUCAACCACAAGCAAGUCGACGUGGCGAAGAAAGGCCAAGAGGUCUGCGUCAAGAUCGAGCCGAUUCCCGGGGAGUCGCCCAAGAUGUACGGGAGGCAUUUCGAAGCGACCGACGUUCUCGUCAGCAAGAUCAGCCGCCAGUCCAUCGACGCGCUCAAGGACUGGUUCCGGGACGAGAUGCAGAAGACCGACUGGCAGCUCAUCGUGGAGCUGAAGAAAGUCUUCGAGAUCAUCUGACCGCCCCCGGCGGGCAGGGCACGGAGUCGACUCGCGGAUUCCGUCGCCGGGGCCCCGACGAAACCGAGGCAAAAACAAAUGAAACCAGGUUUGGCUCCCGAUGGACUUAAAAGUUUGGAAGGAAAAAAAUAAGCAGAUAAAUUGUUUUCCAUGAGAAACCGAGAAACUUACACUGGUUUGACAGUGGUCAAUUAACACGCCCCGCGUCUCUCCCCUCCCCUCCCGAUCCCCCCUUCUACUGGCUGCUGUUUUAAAGUUCGCCCUCCCCAGAUUUGAAUUUUUAUUACAGAACUAAAGCUCUUUCAAUUUUAUACUGAUUAAAUCAGUACUGCAGUAUUUGAUUAACCAAGCUUCUGCAGACUUUGUGAUUCUUGGGGACUCUUUUGAUGUAAGAAAUACGUCCUUAUUUAUGCAUAUUUCUUUCCUCGGUGGGGGUUUUUUUUUCCAGCCUUCUGCUUCGUGCCUCUAGGAAUUUUUUAAAAUAGAGAAUUAGGUAUUCUGAGAUUCCUGUUUUUGCUUCGUGUGAAACCAUGAUGUAAAGCGUAGUCGGCCGCCUUUAUCGCUUGUACAGUCCACGAGAGUCGAUUUGAACUGUAAUCCUAAGAAAAGAGCCACAAUAAAAGAAUGCCACUUAUUUCGUUCACGAUCGCCGUGGCAUUCUGCACCUGCAA